AUGUUCUAUACACAACCAAUUCAAUAUUACGAUACUGUAGCUUUUAGGUCUUUAAUAUUUGUAAACUUAUUCAGGAUGAAAACUGAAGUGCUGCAGAUGCUAGAAAACUUAAGUCUUGAAGACAAUGAAUUUGAAGGAAAGUUAAAGUUGUUUCUUGGGCUUGAAGACAUCAAUGAUAUUAGAGCUGCGAGAGUGGAUGUUAUCAAGUAUAGCAGGAAUCCAGACAUAGCGAAAAUUCUCCUUCAAAUCCUUCAAAUGGACCCGGAUGUGUUUCUAGAAGGAUUAAGGCGCUUAGGGGAUACACAUGGGGUCAUAUUAGUGAAUGUUUUGAACUUUGAUAAUGAUAAGUUAAAAUUAAUUAUGAUGACCGUAAAGAGAAAAAUAGAGCAGGGACAUCAUAAUUUCGUUGAAAUUAAGUUUUAUUUGUCCAUUUAUUGCUCAUUGAUAUCGAACUUUGAAUUUAUCGUUAGCGAAGAUCUAAAUUUGUUUCUAAGUUAUUUGAAUCCAAUUUAUUCUAUUAAAUAUCCAAAUGAGUUCAAAGAAGUCACUGCUACAGCUUUAUUGGUAAUGCUUAAGUAUUACGAGAAAGACAGAUCUACAGCAUUGGAUACCAUCAAAAUUUAUCUAGAAGUUAACUAUCGCCACGCUGAAAUUACUCUUUCUGAAUAUUUAAAUUCAGUAAAAAUAAUAGAAGAGCUAUUUCCCGUUGAUCCAAUCUUCACUGCAUCAAUUUACACUGAUGACAAUUGCAAACAAUUAGUCCUAACACAAAUUAAAAAGCUUAGCAAUCAAAAUUUAGAAGAUCCAGAGGCUCAAUUGAUCCUUAAGGAGACUUUGAAAAUGGUGGGAAGCUCGUGCAUAAUAGAGCAAUGUCGACAGUUCAAUUCAAAAGAGUAUCUUGAUUUAUUAAAGGUCGGAUUAAAAUUUGAGCUGAAUACUGAAAUUCAAUUACUUUCAACACUUGACCUAGUUAAACUUUGGAAUUUUGGCAAACAAGAUCAAGAAAAUAAUAAUGAUGUCAAAAUCGCAGAUCUAAUUCAGAUAGUAUUUCGUAAUUUGAGGCUCCGAAGUCUGGCCAAACCAGAUUCUGAGUUGGAAUUAUGUGUCGAAAUUUUAGCAUAUUUAACGUUAGUACCGAUAGUUAGGAUACAACUACGUGAAGAAAAAGAAAUAAUUAAUAUGCUAACUAAUGUUUUAUGUGAAGCUAAUGAAAGUAUUAAAACUGAUUCAAAUCAGCAAUCUUUAAUAUAUGGAUUGUUAGUAUGCUUUGAAAAUUUAUCGAGGUUACCUGAUCCACUUCAGAGCCAGGACAAAAGAACAAUAAGUGCCUUAAAGCAAGUUUCAACUCCUGCUUCUAAAGAAAUGUCAAACAAUGUUACUGAAAGACCUGAUAGUAUAAUGAAGUUUAAUAAAUCUUUAUUACUAGAUCAAAGGCUCGUCCAGAUUGUACUGAACAUCAAGGUAAACUUUAUUAGUAGAAGUAAUGACAAAGGCAGCAGUAUUAUAAGUCACUUGAUUAAUAUUAUUUACCUGAUCUCUUGUAAUCAAGAAAAAGUAGUGAGACAAGAACUAGUAAAGCAGGGUGCAGUCAAUGUUGCAUUUGGUUUUCUUAUCAAUUCUAGUACUGUUGAUGAUAAAACAGGAAAAACGAAGCCUAAAGAUCUAAGAUCUAUCGACGUCAGAUUAAAUGCCAUAAGGUCAUUGAUGAAAAUUUUAAUAUCAGUUCAACCAUCUUUAGUUUUCAAGAAGUUUGACAUAAGGUCAAGUGUGCCGUUCAUCGUAGAAUGCCUAGGACCAGACUUAACGCAAUACAGUGGAAAUUUGUUCUUAAACGAUGAUGUUAAAUAUUUAUACGAGAAAGUCACUAGUCUAGACAAAUACGAGGCACUACUAGCAUUGACAAAUUUAGCUGCAGACGGCUCUGAUGACUUAAAGAAAUUGAUAAUCAAGAGAUGCUUUGAGCCGUACUUGGAUAAUUUUAUGUUCGAAACUUCUAUUCCUCAAGUGCAAUUGGCGACCUGGGAAUUGAUAUGCAACUUGAUUGUGGAACCAUCUUUGCUUCAAAAAUUCUUUGAUUUUUCUGAAGGAAAACCAAAAAGAUUAACUAUUUUGAUAAAACUACUACAUGCCGAAGAUGAGUCUUUGCAAAUCACGAUUGCAGGUCUUUUAGCAAAUGCCACUUCAGAAUUCGAGUUGAUUUCACGUCUUCUUGUUGAACAUGAUGAUGUGAGAGUAAAUUUGACAGAUAUUAUGACCGAUAUUUUAAAGUCACAAGAAGAAAAUUCGAAUUUGAUAUUGAGAAUAAGCUACAUUCUUUUAAACAUGGUAUAUUCUGCAGCAAAUUUAGACGGCAAACUCGACUAUUAUCGCAAUAAUGCCCAGUUGAAGCUUGCAUUAAGAAAUACUAUUCAAAAUAAGAAUAAUGAGGAGAUCACUGAGAUUAUUUCAGACAUCUUGAGGGUGAUAGAAUAG